GAGUCCCCGGAGUCCCCGGAGCGGGCGGGCCGCCGGGGGCCGGCCGGGCGCUCGCUCUCUCUGUCGGGAGGCCCGAGCCAACGCCAACGCCAACGCGAUCUGAGGUUAUCAGAGAUGACUCUGGUUCUGUCCAUGAAUAGAUUCUGCGAUCCCAUUGUUUCUGAAGGAGCCGCUGAAAUUGCCGAGUACCAGACACUAUGGGAGUCGGACUGCUACAGCAGCACCAGUCCCUCCGUUCCCAUUCAGGCUCCUCUGCAGGGAGACAGAGGAGCCUGCCAAUCUCUGGCAGGAUCACAUUACAGGGGAAUUUCAAAUCCUAUAACAGCAUCCAAGAUCACAUACUUUAAGAGGAAAUAUGUGGAAGAAGAGGAUUUUCACCCUCCACUCAGCAGCUGCAGCCAUAAAACCAUCUCUAUUUUUGAGGAGCGGGCCCACAUACUGUACAUGUCCUUGGAAAAGCUGAAGUUUAUCGAUGACCCCGAAGUAUACCUCCGGAGAUCUGUCCUCAUAAACAAUUUAAUGAAAAGAAUCCAUGGAGAAAUUAUCAUGCAGAAUAACUGGUGCUUUUCGGCCUGUUCAUUCAGUGGGGCCUCCACACAAGAGUGGUUCAUGGCUCAAGACUGUCCCUACAGGAAACGCCUCCGGAUGGCAAAAGAGGAGUGUGAAAAGCUUCAUACUUGCUGCUUUUAUCAAGAAUGUGGCAGUCACUACCUAAAUUUGCCCUUCUCUGUAAAUGCUAACAUGGGAAAUUCUUCCGCCUCCUCCUCCUCCUCUUCCUCCUCGUCCUCCUCCUCUUCCUCCUCCUCCUCCUCCUCUUCUUCCUCCUCUUCUUCCUCCUGUUCUUCUCCCCCUAUGUCUUUGCCAAGCUGUUCCCAUCAGGAGGAUUAUGCCCUGAGCAGUAUGCCCCUUUACAGGAGUGAAGACCAGAUACCUGCUAACGAAAUAUUCAUUACUAAUGCCAGGUCUGCCGGUGUUCAGGAAAAGGCCAAAUUAAACGAAAAGGAAAGUGAUGAUACAGAGCGAGAUGGCAUGGCCGUAAGCCGUGAACCUUCGAGAGGCGAUCUUGCUCUUGAAUGUAAAAGCAAAUUUUAUGAUUAUUUUGAGACUGGUUGUAAUGAAAAGAGCAAUGUAAGCGAGUCUUGGAAGAAGUCCUUACGGAAAAAGGACUCUUUACCAAGUAAUAAACUGUGCUGCAGCAAAGCAAGUAAAAUAUGAGCCAUCUUUCUACUAUAACUUUGAAGCAUGCACAGCAUGAUCAAUUAGCUACCAUAAAUUUUAUUUUGAAUGGAUUUUAUAGUUUUGUACAACUGAUACAAUUAUGCCAUGAACAUGUUGUGUAGUUUUAAUGCCUGGAGAGCAGAUUGCAUAAAACAUCUGUACAAUCUGCAGCAAUAUGGAGACUUCUUAAAAAAAAAACCCAAACAGUUGAAUUACUGCUUACAAGUAUAUCCUACUUUUGUUCCACAGAAAAGCAAGUAGAACAGUUUGGAGCGGGGGACAACAAGACGUUUAUCUCCCUUACCCUAAGGAGUCUGUCAUUAAGAGUCUGUCACUCACUAUAAAACUUCAUCAAUUUUGCCAAAUUAAUAAGCUAGAUGUUUGGUAAGCAAGUCCACAUUACCAGCAGGGACGGUCCAGUUUUUACAUACGCUAUGAUACUUAUUCUGAAUCGAAAACUGGAUGGAUGGCUGUUAGGGAGCCAGGAAGAACUGGCCAAUACACUCUGAUGCUGACUGAUGAAAAUAGUCUGGAAUGUCAUGAAACACACCUGUUUGUGAAAUUGAAAUCAAAAUACUGCAUAGACCAUAAUCAGUUGCAAGUUUUUCAGCUUGGUUGUGAAGAGUAAUGAAGCCUGUGGAGGUUUGUUAAACAGGGCGUUUUUUUGGUGCCUUACUUUAUCUUAAUUUUUGCCAGUGUAAAAAUUAAGGAUAAAAUCAGAGUUACAGCAGGGAUUUAACAUAAACAGAGAAAACACAGGGUGGAUCAAUAUUGUUGGAAAACUGUUACCUUUGAAAUGUUGAGUUCAACUUUUUAUUCAGCAUCUCUGUCCUUCCUUGUUUUUGAUGCCCAAUUGCUUUUGGCUUUGGCAUUUUUAGAAAGGGAUUGAGGAAACAAUGGAGGCAGAUCUGUUGUAAACCAGCACUAGCUGCUUGUGCAUUUCUAUGGCAACUGUCUGUUGCUGGGUCUUUUUUUUUUUGUAUAAUGAAGUUCAUGAACCAGUGGCAUGCUUUAUACUUUACUGUUUAGCAUAAUUUCACUCUUUUAGAAUACAGAAGCAUGUGGUUUUUUAUAUAUGACUUUUGCUGUUAAUUAAGAAGCACAAUGUUCAUAAUAAAUGAUGUGGCGAUCAUUAAGGUUCUCUCUUAAAUGAAUGUAAAGAUUUUAGUUUCAGAAAAGUUAUCUUGGAGAAAUGGGACUUGAGUCUGCAGUGUUUGUUGCAGGUUUGUUCAUUCUUCAUACUUAUCGGUUCAAUAAGCGUGUUUUCAGAAGUGUUUGGAGCAUCUCUCCCCCUCCGAUCUCCGGCUGUCCUCCUACCUAAUGAGUGCUCCCAUUUACAAAGUUACUAAUUGGCCUGGGGAUCCUUAGACAGUGCUUAAUAGGAACCAAAAAUCAAAUGAUGGAAAUGUAUGCCCCCUUUAUUUCUCCAAGAUAAAAGCUUUUGUAUUAUUGCUAUUAAUAUUAAAUAUAGGUCUCAUUCAUACAGUGUAUGAGUAGGAUCAUCAUUUGGACAAUUGUCCACAAGGACCAAUUUUUUAAACAGAUGUUCUUGUGUUAUACCUGAGUAGUCUAGUAAUGUCUGUUCUUUAUUUUCAGUAUUUGGUAAACAUUUGAUGUUUAAAAUUAGAACUUAGAUGCUUGUACACUAAUGUGUUGUUGUAGUGAAGUGAGGUUUUCCUUGAUCUAUUUAUUAAAAUGACCAAAA